CCAGACCCGUCUCUCGUCUUCUUCAUUGUCUCUGUGACUUCCCAAAUUCUCUUUCUUUCCUACCGUAAUCUUCUUCUUCUCCAGUAUUUUUCUUCUCCGUCGUCCUCCAAGACGGGGCAAUUUUGUUGUCGUCGUCGUCUCAUCGUUUUCUACAUCAACAGAUUUGUCUGAGGGCUUUGUUAAAAAGAAAUGCUGCGGAGCUUGGCUGCAAGAGUUUCCUCAUCGGCUUCAGGCAGAUCAAUUUCCGGGCAGAUGCAGAAAUGCUCGGCUACUGGUCAGAUUCGACUGUUGUGUUAUGGUGUCCUUCCGGACACACUUGAUAGGAGCUCUGACUCAUUUUCCCGCAAUUCGGAAGCAAUGAAAGGCCUGAUUUCUCAGCUUAACUUGCACAUUCAGCAGGUGAUGAAGGGGGGAGGAGUGGAGGCCGUGAAGAGGAACAAAAGUAGAAAUAAACUCCUUCCGAGAGAGAGAAUCCAACGUUUAAUUGAUCCUGGUUCUUCAUUCCUCGAGCUUUCUCAGCUUGCUGCCCAUAAACUAUAUGAUGAUCCAUUACCAUCUGGUGGAAUAAUUACUGGUAUUGGUCCAGUGCACGGGCGACUUUGUAUGUUUGUUGCUAAUGAUCCGACUGUGAAGGGUGGAACAUAUUAUCCCAUCACCGUCAAGAAACAUCUCAGGGCGCAAGAGAUUGCUGCUCAGUGCAGGCUACCUUGUAUGUAUCUUGUGGAUAGUGGAGGCGCAUUUCUCCCAAAACAGGCUGAAGUCUUUCCUGACAGAGAAAAUUUCGGUAGGAUUUUCUACAAUCAGUCCGUGAUGUCUUCCGAAGGCAUUCCCCAGAUUGCUCUUGUGCUAGGCUCGUGCACAGCUGGAGGGGCUUACAUUCCUGCUAUGGCUGAUGAAAGUGUCAUGGUUAAAGGAAACGGUACCAUAUUUCUCGCCGGACCUCCCCUUGUGAAGGCCGCGACCGGUGAGGAAGUUUCUGCGGAAGACUUGGGAGGGGCAUCUGUGCAUUGUAAGACAUCAGGUGUUUCAGACUAUUUUGCUCAAGAUGAACUCCAUGCACUCGCCAUAGGAAGAAAUAUUGUAAAGAAUCUUCACAUGGCUGCCAAUUCGAACCAACAGCAUUAUACGGCCUCUGAUUUCAAGGAGCCUUUGUAUGAUGGUGCUGAACUUCGUGCUAUUGCGCCAACGGACCUCAAGCAGUCAUUUGAUGUACGAUCGGUUAUUGCGCGGGUGGUUGAUGGUAGCGAAUUCGAUGAAUUCAAGAAGCUAUAUGGCACCACGCUUGUUACAGGCUUCGCAAGAAUAUUCGGACAGCCUGUCGGAAUUAUUGGGAACAAUGGCAUACUGUUCAAUGAAUCGGCUUUGAAAGGAGCUCAUUUUAUAGAACUCUGUGCUCAACGUAACAUUCCUUUGAUCUUUCUUCAGAACAUCACUGGAUUUAUGGUUGGGUCGAAAUCUGAGGCUAACGGCAUAGCAAAAGCUGGAGCCAAAAUGGUUAUGGCCGUUUCGUGUGCAAAGGUUCCCAAAAUUACGGUGGUUGUUGGUGGAAGCUUCGGAGCCGGGAACUAUGCCAUGUGUGGACGUGCAUACAGCCCCAAUUUCAUGUUCUUUUGGCCCAAUGCAAGAAUAUCCGUUAUGGGCGGAGCUCAGGCUGCUGGCGUAUUGGCUCAGAUCGAACGUGCAAAUAAGAAAAAAGCCGGAAUCGAGUGGAGCAAGGAAGACGAGAAUAAAUUCAAGGCGGAAGUAGUCGAGGCAUACGAGCAAGAAGGCAGUCCCUAUUACUCGACAGCAAGGCUUUGGGACGACGGUGUGAUUGACCCUGCAGACACGAGGAAAGUCCUAGGCCAUUGCCUAGCUGCGGCUUCGACAAACCGUGCACCCGAGGCUACUAAAUACGGCGUCUUCAGAAUGUAAUUUCGACUGUUCGACACUCUCGAAGGCUGCAAGGAUGAUCGAUCGAAAGUGAGUCGUCGCGCCGUCGUGUCGAAAAAAGUUACGCUUGAUUGGGCACAGCACGGUCCCUUGAUCGUUUGUUUGCUUCACUAUCAGCAUUUCUAUUGGGAAAGAUUAAACAUUUUUUUUAGUAUUACAUAAAAACCUUCCUUCAUUGCUACACUUCGUUACAAUUAGUGUCCGCAAAAACUGACUCAACACGAACCCGAUACAAAAUAAUUGAGUUUGGGUCAAAGAUUUCAAUUUGAUUAUAUAUAUGAGUUGACACAAAUCCAAGACGAUAACAAUCGAGUCGGAUUAGUAUUUAUUUUUAGUUUAUUUUUUCCCAA